AGUGUUGGGCAGAAAAUGGAUUCCCUCAGCACAGCAAAUGUUGAAUUUUGCCUUGAUAUGUUCAAAGAGCUGAGCAAUAAUACUGUGGGAGAUAACAUCUUCUUUUCCCCGCUGAGUCUGCUUUAUGCUCUGAGCAUGAUCCUCCUUGGGGCCAGAGGAAACACUGCAGAACAGAUGGAGAAGGUGCUUCACUUUAAUCAUGUUGCAGAGUUGCUGCAGCCGGAGUUUAAGGACUCAGCUGAGUGCAGCCAAACUGGAAGGGUUCACUCAGCGUUGGGAGCCCUGUUCCGUCAAAUCAACCAGCCAGACUCCACCUCCACCCUCAGCGCUGCCAACAGACUCUACGGGACACAGGCCAUCGCGUUCCAUCAGCAAUAUUUAAGUUGUUCAGAGAAAUUCUAUCAAGCCAGGCUGCAAGCUGUUGAUUUUCAAAAGUCUACAGAAGAAACGAGGCAAACUAUUAAUGCAUGGGUUGAAAGUAAAACUAACGGAAAAAUUACAAACCUCUUUGGAAAAGGCAUGAUCGACCCUUCUUCCGUGAUGGUCCUGGUGAGUGCCAUCUAUUUCAAAGGACAAUGGCAAAGAAAAUUUCAGGAAAGACAGACGAUUAAAACCCCUUUCCACCUAAGUAAGGGUAAGAGCGUGAUUGUGGACAUGAUGUAUCAAACGGGGACGUUUAAGUUGGCCAUCAUACAGGAGCCACAGAUGCAAGUGCUGGAGCUGCCCUAUGCGGGCGACAAGCUGAGCAUGAUCAUCCUGCUCCCGGCGGGCUCAGCUGCUCUGGAGCAGAUAGAGAAGCAGCUGAACGUGAAGAUGUUUUACACAUGGACCAGCUCUUCCAACAUGGUAGAAAGGGACGUCGAAGUCCACUUGCCCCGAUUCAGACUGGAGAUCAACUAUGAGCUGAAUUCCCUGCUAAAAUCCCUUGGGAUGACAGAUGUCUUCAAUCAGAUCAAAGCUGAUCUGUCUGGAAUAUCAUCAGCCAAGGGCCUGUAUUUAUCAAAGGUCCUCCACAAGUCGUAUGUGGAUGUCAAUGAAGAGGGCACCGUGGCAGCAGCGGCCACUGGGGACAACCUCGUCGUAAAAAGACUCCCCAUCCGAACCCAGUUCAUGGCAAACCACCCUUUCCUGUUCUUCAUAAAGCACACGGGCACCAACACCAUUCUGUUUUGUGGCAAGCUCGCCUCUCCCUAG